AAGCAUCAACAACACGUCCCUCUCAUUUGAGGAAUCGCGUUCCGUUGUCGCUCGGCAUCCUCGUAGGCGUAUGUGUUCAUCGCGAAUUUUAAUCGCUAUGCUCAUGCACUUUUUCCAUGCACCAGCAACCCUGCAAUGCACAACAAUAUUGUUCAUGUCACUCUUUAUGUCGCUCUCUUCUUUAAGCAAAUUUGGUCUCAGGGCUCACCUCUAAGUGAGGACGCGGCAUCCGUAGAAAUUCAUGGAACUCCGCCUUUUUCAUCAUCUUUGCCUCUUCAAAGAACUAAUGGGCUCUUGUUUCUGUCGAGUGCCUCCGUCCCAACUUCCUGGAGCUCGCUGCAUACACGCGUCAUGGCCACGUCUACUGCUGCUCUGAUCCCCUCGAAGACUUUCAGUUACCUCUCGGACUCUUCUUCAAUAGUUACUGGCUCCCACCACGAUCCUGUUCCCUUGAAGACGGUUCCCAAUCAGUCUGACAGCUUUCUCUCAAUCCCCUCGGAGUCUAAGACAGCAUCUCCUACUUAUCCUUCACCUGAUACUGCGGCAGCGAUCCCUACAACGCAAACCCAUCAAUACCCAGCUCCUUCACUUCUCGCGAUCUCCCUAUUGGCACCAUCCUACAGUAACUAUCAUCCCUCCGCAACCUCUAAUUCUGCCUCUGUUCUUCAGACAAAUACAGAUGCGUCAACUAGCGAAAACAUAUCCACUUCUCCAUCUCGAAAUACCGGUCUAGAAAACAGCCCUCUGACGAAGAUUACUGGGCGAUCUAUGGCAACUCCAGAAGUAAGGACAAAGAAAAACACCUACCAUACUCCAUCAGUUAUCCUAUCCCCGCUAAUGAUGAUCACUACUCGCAUGCCCUUGAGGAUACGUCGAUCAUUGAAAAGGGAGAAUCGCCUCUCUCUGAGUCUCAUCAAGUUUCAAAAGCAACUCCCUACCGAGACAUCGACAAUCAGACAUAUCCAAGGUCAUUCAUGACAACCUUGGGCGGAAGGAUGGAUACGGAUGGUUAUGUCUUUGUGACAGAACUGCCGUCCGCAUGCAAAAUCGCGGGGAGGAACACGAGCGCAGUGUCACGGAACUAGGAUGGAAAUAUCCAUAAAUUCUGGAAGUUCAU